AUGGAGGAAGCUAAAAAAAUAGUGUUUGAUCUCAAUGGGGACAGUGCUAGUGGUCCUAAUAGGUUUACUGGACAUUUUUUCCAACAAUGUUGGGAUAUAGUUGGGGAUGAUGUGGUUAAUGUGGUUGGUGCUUUCUUUAAUGGUGUCACCCUUCCUAAGUUUAUUACACAUACUAAUUUGUACCUACUUCCAAAGAAAGAUAUUUGUCAAUCUUUCUCAUACAUGAGGCCAAUUAGUUUGAGUAAUUUUCUUAAUAAAGUGAUCUCAAGGGUGAUGAAUGAUAGAGUCGGGGUUCUUCUUCCAUCCCUAAUUUCAGAAAAUCAGUUUGGCUUUGUGAAAGGAAGAAGCAUUACUGAAAAUGUGUUACUUGCUCAGGAGAUUAUUGUUGAUAUCAGAAAAAGGGGUAAGCCAGCAAAUGUGGUGAUCAAGUUGGAUAUGGCGAAAACAUAUGAUAGGGUGGAAUGGGGCUUUCUUAUAAAGGUGUUGGAAGAAAUGGGUUUUGAUAAUAACUUUGUUGAUAAAGUCUGGAGACUGGUUGCUAACAACUGGUAUUCUAUACUUAUCAAUGGGCAGGCUAAUGGUUUCUUUCACUCAUCUAGAGGAGUGAAACAAGGGGAUCCUCUGUCCCUUGCUUUGUUCAUACUAACUGCUGAAGUUCUAUCUCGAAGCUUAAAUGCUUUGUUUUGUAAUGAGGUCUACAAGCGGUUUGGAUUACCAAAAUGGAGUGAUCAGAUUAAUCAUCUUGCCUAUGCAGAUUAUGAGAAGCAAUCAGGGCAGAUGAUUAAUAAAGAAAAGAGUUCAUUUUUUGUCUUUCAUAAUACAUCACAUGAUUUGAUCUCAGAUAUAGAAGCAAAAACUGGCUUUAUUAGAGGUAAAUUUCCACUAAUGUAUUUGGGAUGCCCAAUUGGUCAUGCCAAGAAGAAGAAGGAGGAUGGAAAUAACAAGCAUUGGGUAGCUUGGUCAGAUUUAUGUAGACCCAAACAUGAAGGUGGUGUGGGAUUUAAAUCUUUGUUUAAUAUUUCGAAAGCUUUAUUUGCUAAACUAUGGUGGGCCUUUAGAACAAUAAAGACUCUUUGGUCUAACUUUAUGUGGAAUAAAUAUUGUAAAAAGGAGAAACCUCAUGUGGUUGAAUGGAAAAAUGGAUCUUUAACGUGGAAGUAUAUGCUGGAAUCUAGAGAUUUGAUAGAUCAACAUAUUUGGUGGGAACCUAAGUGUAGCCAUUCAAGUAUCUGGUAUGAUAAUUGGUCACAAUUAGGUGCACUGCAUUACAUAGUUCCUUUGGACAGUGCUAGAAAUGUGCAAUUGGAUGAAGUGAAACAGUGUUUUUUGAAUGGGGAAUGGAACUAUGACUUGCUUCAAACAAGUUUUGGGGAUGAUAUUGGUAGACAUGUAAUACAACUCCUGAGGAGUUCAGAAGAUGAACAACAGUGGGAUAAACCAUGGUGGAUGCUGAAGACUUCUGGAAAAUUCUUUGUAGGUUCUGCAUGGGAUUUUGCUAAGGGAGAAGCAAGAAGGUAUACUCCUAGAAUUGGUUGUAAGGUGGUUUAUUGGAAAUUACCUAGACAAAAUACAUUCAAAUGCAAUACAGAUGGCUCUUCAAGUGGGAAUCCAAGACCAAGCUCUUUUGUGUUUUGCAUUAGAGAUGAUCAAGGUAACCUUGUGUAUGCUGAAGGAAAUAUGAUUGGAAUAUCAAACAAUCUCAUUGCUGAAGUGGUAGCUAUAAGACUAGGGCUGGAAUAUUGUAGGAUCCACAAUUUACUCCCACUGAUUCUAGAAAUUGAUUCUUUAGUUGCAAUGAAAAUGAUUGAAGGGGCUUGGCACAGACCUUGGGAAGUGACUAUGGAGGUCAGAAGGAUACAGAAUCUGAAGGAAGGUACAGAUUUUAUAUAUUUUAACAAUUUCCAUGAGCUACCUAGUGAAACUAAGACAAUUCUAAAUAUGGAUAAAAUCCAAAUUCCUAAUUUAAGGAUAAGGAGGAUUCAGAAUGGAAAUUAUGCACAAGACAGAUGA